UUCUGAUGGUAAUGCAAGCUUUUGAUAUACCGAUUUUACAAUAAAAAUGCAGAAUGGAUUAUGAUUUUAAGCGACAAAAAGCUGCCGAAAGACAAAAAGUAGAGGACUUAUUUGACUUUGAGGGAUGUAAAGUUGGACGAGGGACAUACGGCCAUGUAUAUAAGGCUAAAAGAAAGGAUGGGUCGGAAAGCAAGGAGUAUGCCCUGAAGCAGAUUGAGGGUACAGGAAUAUCUAUGUCAGCAUGUAGAGAAAUUGCUUUGUUGCGCGAGUUAAAGCACCCUAAUGUCAUUAGUCUACAGAAGGUGUUUCUGUCCCAUCAAGACAGAAAGGUCUGGCUCCUCUUUGACUAUGCAGAGCAUGACUUAUGGCACAUCAUUAAGUUCCAUAGAUCUGCAAAGGCCAACAAAAAACAGAUUGAUGUUCCACGGAACAUGGUGAAGUCGCUGUUGUAUCAAAUCCUGGAUGGGAUUCACUACCUCCACGCUAACUGGGUGUUACAUCGAGAUCUGAAACCUGCCAACAUUCUUGUCAUGGGAGAAGGUACAGAGAGAGGGAGAGUAAAGAUAGCUGACAUGGGGUUUGCCCGACUGUUUAACUCCCCUCUGAAGCCCCUGGCUGACCUUGACCCUGUGGUUGUGACCUUCUGGUACAGGGCCCCAGAACUUCUACUUGGUGCUAGACAUUAUACAAAAGCAAUAGAUAUAUGGGCAAUAGGGUGUAUAUUUGCAGAACUUUUAACUUAUGAGCCUAUAUUUCACUGUCGACAGGAAGACAUUAAAACAAGCAACCCUUAUCAUCAUGAUCAACUAGACCGAAUAUUUAAUGUCAUGGGCUUCCCUUUAGAAAAAGACUGGGAAGACAUCAGGAAAAUGCCAGAGCACAGUACAUUAACCAAAGACUUCAAACGGUCAAAUUAUCUAAAUUGCACGUUAGUGAAGUAUAUGGAAAAACAUAAAAUAAAGGCAGAUAGCAGGCAGUUUCACUUGUUACAGAAACUUCUGACAAUGGACCCUACAAAGAGAAUCACAUCAGAUUAUGCAAUGAAGGACCCCUACUUUACGGAAGAACCCCACCCCUCUCAGGAUAUAUUUGAGGGGAAGCCUAUACCCUACCCUAAAAGAGAGUUUCUGACUGAUGAGGACGAUGACAAGGCGGACACAGGAGCCAGUAAGGCCACUGACCAGUCCUCUAACCACACCCAGCCAGCCAAGCGUGUCCGCGUGAUGCCCCCCUCCACCACCAGUACCAGCGCCUCUAUGGUAACUAGUGACUACCAGGGGAACAGCUGGCACUCACACAAGUCUGGUCACAUGCACAAUGUUCAAGGUAGUCAGCAAGGAAUGACCUUCACCUCAGGCGGCCAUCAGACCUCAACAACCUCUACAACGAACUACGGCCAGUCGUCCCGAUUCUGAGAGUCCUGUAGCAAGUCUCAUUCUGAUGAGAAUGUUUAAAAACUUACUCAUUUAUAAGGGUAUUGUGUUCUUAUUGAAAGCAUCUUGGAAAUUAAAAUCAGCUACCAGUAUUCUGUUCUCAGUUUCCCCGUAGUGACUUUCAGCUUGUUUUAGUGACCUUCACUUUGCUAAGUUAAACGCUGACUAAAGGUCAGAUGUGUGUUAAAAUGGAUGUGUAAGUUCAGUGAAUGUAUGUGUAAUAACUCAGUGAGUGUGUAUAUGUAGUUGUCAGUGGUUUCAAGUCCAUUGUAUUUUAAAUCAUGUGGUACUCCUAUUGAAUAUGCAUCUGGGCAAUUCAUAAAGUCAUUCAAAUAGAGGGCAAACUCUGCAUUUUUGUCAAAUCUGAUCGUAACAUAAUAAAAUAUUUAAUGUAA